AUGUAAAAUUAAGAGUUUAAAUAAAAUUGUAGUUUAAUCCUAAAAGGAGAAAGUAAUGAGAAAGGGAAUCUUUAUUUAGGUAAAAAGCAAUUAUUUUUAGGAAAUCUUAAUUCUAUUGAUGAAGAAAAUUUAAAUGCUAAAUCAAUAAAAGCUGUAAUCACGGCAGCAAGAGGUGUUAAUAGAACAUUAAAAAAUGUGAAUCAUCAUAUUAUUGAAGCAGAUGAUGAUGAAGAUUUUUAAAUAAGUAAAAAUAAAUUCAAUCUUUAGUGUAGUAUUUCUAAAAAUCAAUCAAAUUUAUAGAAUAGAAUUUGAAAUCAACAAAUGUAUUGGUUCAUUGUUUUGCUGGAGUAUCUCGUUCAGCAACAAUUAUUUGUGCUUACUUAAUGAAAAUUGAAAAGUAAAUUUUUAUUUAUUUAUUUUAGAAAAGAUAGUGAAACCAUUCUUGAAAAAUUGAAAACAAUCAGGCCUCAAGUUCAUCCAAAUUAAGGCUUUUGUAAUUAACUUAAAUUGUUUGAAAAAAAAAUAUUGUGAUA